UUCACAAAUCUCCACCUCUCCUCUUUUAUCUUUUCCUUUCAGAGAUUGCAGAGAUUAUUCCUUCACUGACUUGUUCUUCUUCACAAGCAGAUGGAGUAGUAGGCCUUUCUCAAGCUGAGAAAUCGUGGAAAAACCUCAAGAUUUUUAGCUGCAGAACAGAAAAGGGUGAUUGUGAUUUGUCUUUUAGAAAGGGGCCAAAUAUCCGUGAUAGCUAUCAUUCCAAAUGACAAUUGGCAACCUGAAGCUAGGUGUGGAUGUUGUCAGUGCACAUAACCUUCUACCUAAAGAUGGGCAAGGAUCAUCCAGUGCUUUUGUGGAACUCUAUUUUGAUGGUCAGAGGUUUCAUACCACUAUCAAGGAAAAAGAUCUAAAUCCAGUAUGGAAUGAGAGCUUCUACUUCAACAUUUCAGAUCCUUCUAAUCUCCACAAUCUUAAUCUUGAUGCCUACAUCUACAACAAUGUUAGAGCCACUCACCCCAGGUCUUUUCUUGGAAAGGUUAGCAUCAGUGGGACUUCCUUUGUACCCUAUUCAGAUGCUGUCAUCUUGCACUAUCCUCUUGAAAAGCGUGGCAUAUUUUCUCGAGUACGAGGGGAACUUGGUCUUAAAGUUUAUGUCACAGAUGACCCAUCGAUAAAGUCAUCCAUCCCAUUUAGUGCUGCUGAGGACAAACCUGUGGUGAAUGAAUCAACUAGAAAUAUGCUGCCAAACAACAUACCUACUGUCAAAUCUGAGACAAGACACACAUUUCAUCAUCUUCCCAAUCCCAAUCACAACCAACAGCAGCACCAAACUCCUCCUCCUGCAGUUCCUCAGCAACUUACAAAGCAUAUGGCUGAUGAGAUGAAGGCUGCUGAGCCAGAGCCUCCAAAGCUAGUUCGCAUGUACUCAGCAUCUUCAGCACAGCCUGUGGACUAUGCACUAAAGGAAACUAGUCCGUUCCUUGGAGGUGGUCGAGUUGUUGGGGGUCGGGUUAUACGUAAAGAUAAAACUGCAUCAUGUACUUAUGAUCUUGUUGAGCAAAUGCACUUCCUUUUUGUUAGAGUUGUUAAGGCUCGUGAUCUUCCUGCAAUGGAUAUUACUGGAAGUUUGGAUCCAUAUGUGGAGGUGAGGAUUGGAAACUACAAAGGAACCACAAAGCACAUUGAGAAGCAACAAAAUCCAAUAUGGAAUGUGGUAUUUGCCUUCUCAAGGGAGCGAAUGCAAGCGUCAGUACUUGAAGUUGUUGUCAAGGACAAAGAUCUUGUGAAAGAUGAUUAUGUAGGAACUGUCAGAUUUGACCUCAAUGAGGUUCCAAUGCGUGUUCCUCCAGAUAGUCCUCUAGCUCCAGAGUGGUACAGGCUUGCAGACAAGAAGGGAGAGAAAAUAAAAGGCGAGUUGAUGCUUGCUGUCUGGAUUGGCACUCAAGCAGAUGAGGCUUUCCCUGAUGCAUGGCACUCUGAUGCAGCAACUCCUAUUGACAGCUCAGCAGCUGCUGUAGCUGCAAUACGCUCCAAGGUCUAUCAUGCUCCCCGUUUAUGGUAUGUGCGUGUUAAUGUUGUUGAAGCACAGGACUUGGUUCCAACAGAGAAGAAUCGCUUUCCUAACGUGUAUGUGAAAGCGCAAGUAGGGCACCAGGUUUUGAAAACAAAACCUAUUCAGGCUCGUUCUUUUAAUCCCUUAUGGAAUGAAGAUCUCUUGUUUGUGGCUGCUGAACCAUUUGAAGAUCAUCUUAUCCUUACAGUCGAGGAUCGCGUGGCUCCAGGCAAAGAUGAGAUCCUUGGGAGGGUCAUUAUACAAUUGGCCAAGGUGGAGAAGCGUGCUGAUGACUGUAUUGUGCAUUCUCGCUGGUUUGACCUGGAAAAGCCAGUAGCUGUGGAUGUUGAUCAACUUAAAAAAGAUAAGUUUUCUAGCAGGCUCCAUCUUCGUGUCUGUCUAGAUGGAGGCUAUCAUGUGCUUGACGAGUCCACGCAUUAUAGCAGUGAUCUCCGUCCUACAGCAAAGCAGCUGUGGAAGCCAUCAAUUGGUGUUUUGGAACUUGGAAUCCUUAAUGCUGUGGGGCUUCAUCCAAUGAAGACACGAGAUGGAAAAGGUACAUCAGACACCUACUGUGUUGCAAAGUAUGGUCAUAAGUGGGUCCGAACUAGAACUAUUGUUGACAACUUGAGUCCAAAGUACAAUGAGCAGUACACAUGGGAGGUGUUUGAUCCAGCUACAGUUCUUACUGUGGGCGUCUUUGACAACAGCCAUCUAGCUGAUAAAAGUUCAAAUGGUAGUAAGGACCUAAAGAUUGGAAAGGUUCGAAUCCGCAUAUCAACCCUUGAAGCUGGCCGAGUAUAUACACAUUCUUACCCGUUAUUAGUUCUCCAUCCUACUGGUGUUAAGAAGAUGGGCGAACUGCAUCUGGCGAUACGCUUUUCAUGCACAUCUUUUUCAAACAUGAUGUACAUAUACUCACGCCCACUGUUGCCGAAAAUGCACUACAUAAGGCCUUUCACUGUUAUGCAGCUUGACAUGCUGCGGCACCAAGCUGUGACUAUAGUGGCGGCAAGGCUUGGUCGAGCGGAGCCCCCACUUAGAAAAGAGGUGGUAGAAUACAUGUCCGAUGUGGACUCCCACCUCUGGAGCAUGCGCCGGAGCAAGGCCAAUUUCUUCCGUCUCAUGUCGGUCUUCUCAGGAUUAUUUGCUGCUGGGAGGUGGUUUGGUGACAUCUGCAUGUGGAAGAAUCCAGUGAUGACAGUGCUUGUUCAUUUUCUUUUUCUUAUGCUUGUAUCCUUCCCAGAGCUGAUUUUGCCAACAAUAUUCCUUUACAUGUUUCUGAUAGGAAUAUGGAAUUUGCGCUACAGACCAAGGUAUCCUCCACACAUGAACACGAAGAUAUCUCAAGCUGAGGCUGUGCACCCUGAUGAACUUGAUGAAGAGUUUGACCCAUUCCCGACCAGUCGAAGCCCAGACUUGGUAAGAAUAAGGUAUGAUCGACUGAGAAGUGUGGCUGGUCGGAUUCAGACUGUUGUUGGGGACAUUGCAACUCAGGGGGAGCGUUUUCAAUCACUGUUGAGUUGGAGAGACCCCCGUGCUACUGCAAUCUUUGUUACAUUCUGCCUUAUAGCUGCAUUGGUGAUGUUUGUGACUCCUUUCCAGGUAAUUGCAGCCCUGGCAGGCAUAUAUGCAAUGAGACAUCCAAGAUUUCGUUAUCGAUUGCCUUCGGUACCUAUCAACUUCUUCCGUCGGUUGCCCGCGAAGACGGAUAGUAUGUUGUAAAUUGGUGGCUGAAUCUUCCCGUCAGCAUCAGGGAAAUAAAUUAUUCUACUUUAGGUCAUAAUCUAGCUUUUAUGUCGACUGCUUAUGUAAUAUGUUCUGGCCUAGGAAGUUCCUAAACUCACUACGUCGAUACAUGAUGAAACAAUCUGUUUGGCCCUGUGUACUUGUUAUUUACUUGUAAUAAAACAAUGUCUUGUUAUUUUUUU